AAAGUGCAUUGUCUGACGGGAAAACAACCUGAGAAAAUCAUGUUCGUUGGACAGAUUGUUUCCAUUAGAUGAAAACUGUGCAGAAACUGGAAAUGAGAAAUGAAACUAUUAUUAUGGAAUUUAUACUUCAGGGCUUUGGAGACCUGCAGGAGCUAUGGAUUCUUCUCUUUGUGGUGUUCCUAAUGAUCUACAUCAUGACUAUGGCUGGAAACCUUCUCAUUGUUGCACUAGUAGUCACUGAUCAUCACUUACAUACCCCCAUGUAUUUCUUCCUAGGGAAUCUCUCAUGCUUGGAGACCUGCUAUAGCUCAGCCAUUCUCCCCAGAAUAUUAGCUGGUUUCUUAACGAAAAACCAACGUGUUUAUGUUAAGGGCUGCAUUGUGCAGUUAUGGGCUUUUGUUUUCUUAGCAGUAGCUGAAUGCUACCUCCUGGCAGCCAUGUCUUACGAUCGUUAUAUAGCAAUAUGUAGACCCCUGCAAUACUCCACACUUAUGAAUUUUAAGGUUUGCUUCCACCUGGUGGCUGCAUCUUGGAUUGGCAGUUUUAUAAUUGACACUAUACUGUUAAUGUUUAUAUUGCAGCUCUCCUUCUGUGGCCACAAUGUCAUUGAGCAUUUCUUCUGUGAUUUCAUUCCAAUGAUGAAUCUGGCCUGCAGUGAUGCAGGCCAAGUCAAACUUGUAUCAGCUGUUCUGACAUCUAUCUCCACUUUGCCACCAUUCAUUUUAACCAUCACCUCAUAUGGAUACAUAAUCAGUGCCAUUCUGGGAAUACCAUCCAUCACGGGGAGGCAAAAAGCCUUCUCUACCUGCUCUUCUCAUCUCAUAGUGGUGACCAUUUUCUAUGGUAGUCUCACUGUUGUCUACCUUUUGCAAGACAACAAUGAGCUGAGAGAGUUGAACAAAGUUUUCUCCGUGUUUUACACCAUCCUAACACCUCUGAUCAAUCCACUCAUAUAUAGCCUAAGGAACAAAGAAGUGAGGGAGGCCCUGAGAAGAGUAGCCAGCAAAUGCUCCAUGUGCAAAAGAGUCCAAUGA